ACAGCAAGUAAAUUUUGCAUCAUCCAUCGCUUGAAAUACUUUUUAUUUGUGAAAGUUCUGUUAAGGUAAAAACACUCAAGAAAAAUGGUUUAUGCUGUCAAAGAUACCUCAUCCCUAAAUCAAGAAUUUAUGGCUUCGUUGUUGAAGCUGUGUUGCUCUUUCAAGAAAAAAGAAGUUAAUCAUUUUAGCGGCUGUCAGGCUGACUUCGAUUCUCAAUUGGAAUCUGCUGGAGAAUUGCUCGUCUUAGUCGAUUUCCAUGCAACAUGGUGCGGUCCAUGUAAAAUGAUUGCACCAAAAUUAGAAGAAUUCGCCAACGCUUACGCUGACAAAAUUGUCAUUGUAAAGGUUGACGUCGAUGAUUGUGAAGAACUUGCCAUGAGAUAUAACAUCUCAUCAAUGCCUACCUUCGUGUUUAUUAAGAAGGGACAGCAGAUCGAUAGCUUCAGUGGAGCUAACGCUGAGAAGUUGGAGAAGUACAUUAUCCAACAUUCAUCGUAAACAACAUUCUGCAUGCCGAGUUAAUCUGUUCAUUUUUUAUUAUUAUAAAUUGUUUGUAUAAUCAAUCUUCAAGUGGCCUUUUAGACUCCGUUAGCAACGUAAACUCACAUCAAGAAACACAUAACAUUUAUUUUUUGAUCUUAUUUUUUUUGUUUAUAAAAUUUAUGUUUAGUAACAACAUUCGAACUUUGAUCAUGACGGACAAUAUUAAACAUUUUGAAAAGUUCACAGAAAUAAAAAAAUAAAGUUUUGUUUUAUUCGGAAUUUCCGUAUGAAUAUUAAACGAAA